AUGAAGCUGCGAGUCGCCAUCCGCGAGCAGCUCGCCGCGCUCGUCGUCUUGGCCGUCCUCGUCGCCCUCGCCAUCGUCUCCAUUCCGACAUGGAUUUACGUCCACAACUUCGUCGUCGACGUCGAGUCUAAUGGCCUGUCUCUCACGGCGUCGCUCAAGGCCUCGCGCAUCGCCUCCGAGAUCGAUCUGAUACAGACGCUAUGCCAGACCGUCGCAACCCGAGUUCUGCUCCAGCAGGCCUUUGUCGAUUUCUACAACGGCAACGCCACCAAUCCCUUUGCCAAUGCUCGGGUCGAUCUUCACAGUGCCAUGAGCACCAGUCGCGUCACCAAUUUGCUCCAGGCGCGAUUGUAUUCGAGGAACGUGACGGGCAGCCGCUUCGGCCUCCUCAACGUUACCGGGGCGCAGACUGGCGACAUCGACCUUCCUUACACCACGCCCAACGGCACCAGAGCCAAGCUCAGCGACACCCCAUAUGGCUAUCCGCCGUCGCUCUAUCCCAACAUCACCUACGAAGCGCUCGGCUACCCUAAUCCCUAUGAUCCCUCCACGCCAGCCUUCGGCGCCAACGCCUUUCCUGGCGUUCGGAUCAGCGACAAGGGCGGGCUGCUUCUUGGCCCACUGGUCCUCAACGAAACCUACGCCUUGAUGUCGCUCACUGUGCCCGUCCGGUCUCUGAACACCACCAACUUCAUCCUAGGCUAUAUGACCUUGGUCGCCUCCGCCGAAUCGCUUAUCGAAGUCCAGACGUCCCGUGAGGGCCUCGGGUCGAGCGGCAUAGUCCUCUUCGUCGGUCCAGCCAACCCUUCGAAUCAUUUCAUCAGCCCGCUCUCUCCUACGAAUCGUACCUACUCACCACCCAAGGGCGACUUUGCUCGAUCGCCCGCCCGUUAUGUCCUACCUCCGAUUCACAUGCCCGGAGAGGUUCAGCGGCAUGCCAAUCGAGACUACGUGGACGGCCAAUAUGAUGCCGACUUUAGCCUUUCCAGCUAUCCUGCCGUCUUCGAUGCGUACUACAAAAACAUAUCCGGCCCCAACAAUGCCACUGCUUUCCUAUCCACCACCAACGAACAGGACGUCCGCGUCGCAGUCGGUGUCGCCAGGCCACAGUCCACCCUGGUUGACUGGGCUGUCGUCGUGGAGAAGGCCGAGGCCGAGGCCUAUGUACCAAUCAGCACCCUGCGAAAGAUUCUUCUAGGCUGCGUCUUUGGCACCGCCGGCUUGAUCAUCAUCUUCAUUGUUCCUACGGCCCAUUGGAGUGUCAUGCCUAUUCGCCGGCUCAAGGCUGCGACUGAAAACUCAAUCAACCCGCCCGGCUACGAAGAUGAAUAUGACGAUUUUGACGAGGACCCGAGCUCUGGGGGCACCUCUCAGGGCUCCAGGAAGGGUGUUUUUGCCACGAUCCGGCGAAAACUCAAGAAGAGGAAACGAGCCAUGACGCAAGCCGAGGUUGAUUCUCAUCGACGUGUAUUCAAGAUCCCCGGACGGGUCGAGGACCGCAAGCAUUUCGUCACCGACGAGCUGACAGAGCUCACGCAAACCUUCAACGAGAUGACCGACGAGUUGGUCAAACAGUAUACCUCUCUCGACGAGAAGGUUGCUGAAAGGACGAAAGAGCUCGAAAUCAGCAAAAGAGCGGCAGAGGCAGCCAAUGAGAGCAAGACCCUUUUCAUCGCCAACAUAUCUCACGAACUCAAAACGCCGCUCAACGGCAUCAUGGGCAUGUGCGCGGUUUGCAUGGAAGAAGAUGACAUACUCCGCAUCAAGCAGUCUCUCAAGACUUUGUAUAGAUCUGGCGACCUGUUACUGCACCUUCUCGAAGAUCUCCUUAGCUUUUCCAAAAACCAGAUUGGGCAACACGUCAGUCUCGAAGAGCGCGAAUUCCGCCUAGGCGAGAUUAGGUCGCAGAUGUUAUCUAUUUUCGAUAAACAAGUCCGCGAGAGCAAGGUUGCCUUCACAGCGUCCUUUCUCGGCUCCGAGUCGGCUGAGUCUAGCACAAGCCCCGACCGGGCCGACGUGGAUCAGAGGCUUCCUGCUCUGGGGCCCUUGGGCAUGGGCCGGCUGAAAGACGCUUACCUCUGGGGCGACCAGCACAGAAUCCUGCAGGUCAUCAUCAACUUGGUCAGCAACAGCUUAAAAUUCACACCUGCAGGAGGCAAAGUUGAGCUGCGGAUGCGAUGUCUUGGUGAAGUGCCGCAAGGGAGCGGAGAAGACAGCCGCAAAUCGUCCUUCUCAAAGACGGGAUCUGGACGAGUGGGACGCAGCCGGCACCGUGGUGGUGGCGGCUCCGGAUCGACACAUUCGGCAAGCUCCAGGGCGACGACAGCACCCGCUUCGCCGCUCAAAGGGGGAACAGCAUUGUCCAUCAACCCCAUGGACCCGGCGGCCACGCCGCAUGUCUAUAUCAGAGAGCGCUCGCCGACCCCUCCGCCACCAAACGCAAAGCCAUUCAUGUUUGAGUUUGAAGUCGAGGACACGGGCCGAGGCAUUCCCGAGCACAUGCUUGAGAAGGUGUUUGAGCCGUUUGUACAGGGAGACCUGGGUCUCAGUAAGAAGUUCGGUGGCACGGGUCUGGGCCUGAGCAUCUGCGCUCAGCUGGCAAAGCUGAUGGGCGGAUCCAUCACGGUCAAGAGCACGAUUGGUGUCGGCUCGACAUUUACCAUGCAAAUCCCGCUCAAGUACGUCAAGGACCGCGUGCCGAGCACAGCGUCGAGCAGUACCAAGUCGCGACCACCAAGCGUCGGGUCAAACACUGCCGCGGCUGGCGACACACAUCGCAAUUCGCUUGGUAGCGUCACCAGCACCUCCGAACAGAAAGCCACAACCACGAACGGCAAGUCAAGUGUCCUCGAAGACAAGCAGCCUCGACUCAUCGGGCUGAGCGCUCCUUUUUUCGCAUCCAACCCAAACCCCAAGACGCCUAGCACACAAGACCAGCAUGCCGCCAUCGACAAGGCCAUGGCAAAUAAGGCAGGCCAAGGCAAGCUGCGCGUGCUGGUGGCCGAUGACAACUCUACCAACAUCGAGGUGGUGAGUAGGAUGCUGAAGCUCGAGGACGUUUACGACGUCACCAUCGCAAAGGAUGGACAAGAGGCAUAUGAGCUGGUCAAGGCCAACAUGGAGAAGAACCAGCACUUUGACGUCAUCUUCAUGGACAUCCAAAUGCCGAAUCUCGACGGUCUGCAAUCGACACGUCUAAUUCGCAAGAUGGGCUACCUGGCACCCAUUGUCGCGUUGACGGCGUUCUCCGAAGAGAGCAACGUAAAAGAGUGCAUGGAAUCGGGUAUGGACGAGUUCCUUGCCAAGCCGAUUCGCAGACCGGCACUCAAGAAGGUCCUGACCAAGUUUGCCACGAUACCCGAAGAGCCGGAGACUGCCGGUCCAGCGAAGAAGAUCGAGCCGGAGGUGAAGGUUUCUCCUAUAAAUGGGAGCACUGGUCCAGAUAGCGACUCAUGA